AUGUCAAAACAAACAACAACAUCUAAAUCUAAAGCUCCAAAUUCCCAACCACCACCACCACCUCCUCCUCCUCCUUCAUCAAGAGAAGCUGCACUUAUGGUUCAAUCCUCCGAGGAAUAUAAUCCGGAAGUUCCACCAAUCUUACCCCAUGAAAAAAUAUAUUCAAUUCAAGUGGGUUAUAGAUUAUAUCGAUUAAGCGGACUUUCAUUAUCAUCUGAUGCUCCAUCUUAUUUCACAAAAUUUUUCCAACAACCUGAAAAUGAAGAAAAAGUAUUAUUUUUCGAUCGUGAUCCUCAAAUAUUUGAAAAAAUUUAUAAUCAUUUACAAGGUUAUCUGAUUCAUAUUGAAAAUGAUCAUAUAUUUAUGAAUUUAUGGUUAGAUUGUUUUUAUUUUGGAUUAAAAAAUUUACAAAAAAAUUUAAAUAAACAUGAUUAUUUUGCCAUAAUUGGUAAUGAACGAUUCAGAAUUCCUAAAUCAUUAAUCAAUAUGCCAGGGAAUAAUCCUAAUUUUUUCACAAUCAAUUUUGAUCGUUUAUUAAUUGAUAAUAUUAAUAUAAUUGAAAGAAAUAAUAUGUUACGUCCACCUCCACAAACUUUCCCUCCAGUAAGUAAUCGUUCAAGUAAAUUAUUUGCUGAUUUAUUGGAAUUUUUCCGAGGUAAUCAUUUGGUUAUAAUGAAUGAUGAACAUCGACAAUUGUUAAUUAAAGAGGCCAGAUAUUAUCGGUUUUUGGAAUUGGAACAACGAUUAAUUAAAUUCAAAAUCACGUUUCGUAAUGAAAUUGUCAUUAAUUUAAAUGAUAUAUCUCGUAAAGGUUUACAAAAUCCGUCAACAAGUUACAAUAUUGAAUUACCAUUGACGUAUUAUCGACCUUAUAUUAAAGAUGAAAUGACAAGAGAUUUAAUAUUUGAAUUAAAUGCUAAAGAUUUUGAUUGUCAAUCAGAAAUCAAAUUGAUUUUGAAUAAAUCAACUAAAUUGCCAACGUUAAAAGUGACUAACAAAGCAUGUCAUAAAUUACAUCAAGUAUUUAAAGAUUAUUUUAGUCAAGUUCUUAAAGAUGAUAAGGGUUUACUUUUUUUCGUUGGAUUCACUAAUUCAAAAACAUUUAUUAAUGGAAAAGAAAUGAAUUCAAAUUGGGUAAAUGAUAUAUUAGGUAUCGAAGAAGAGGAAGAAGAAGAAGAUAAGGAAGGAGAAGAAGAAGAAGAUAAACAACAGGAAGCAAAAAACAAAGACGGUUCAAAUAAAGAAGUUAAUAAAAAGAGAAAAGUUUCCAAAGAGGAUAAGAGUGACAAAACUAUGACGACCAAUAAAUCUCUGGAAACAAAUGAUCCUCCUUCUCUUAGUCCUGGUGAUAUCAUUGAAAUUUGUUUAUCACGAUCAUUAUGGAAAGUAAUGAUGAGAGGUCCAUUAGCAAGAUUGCAUGCUGUAACAUUAGAAGGAUUUACUAGAUCCAACGACACCCUAAUAGACUUUUUAUAA